CAACGGUUCAGCAGUAAGUCGGAAAAUUCGCUGCCGAGCGAAUCGUUUCACGGGAUCGCUGACGGGAGAGAUUGUUUUUUUUUUCGUUGGUAUCAUUUUUCUAGUAUUCUUGAGCGUAGAUUGGACAUCGCUGGUGAUUUCUGGUGCUUGUUUUGUCGUUUGAUGAAAUUCGGCACCGAGCGCGAGCAGAGUAGGAAGUCGUUAACGUGUGACCAUCGAUAUUGGACUGCGUUUUGAAUUGUGUUCUAUGGUUAUGUUUUGAGAUUGGGUUGGGCACUGAUGAUGGUCCCCUCGCCUAUCGAUGCGUAUCAGUACAUCAGUUGAUCCAGAUUGAUUAGUUAGUGCUGCUCAACGAAAAAUGAAAACGGCGCCAUCAGUCCAAGUGCCAAAGAAUGAUUAGAACAUCGAGAGGAUGAUUUCGUGGAAGUGCAACGAAGUUAUGAUUCAUUAUUGCUACAAACAUUUAGCUACCAACUAGGGUUCCAGGAACUAAUUUAUCCAAUGAAUCAGUCAUCGAUUCUAAACUGCAACUAUUUGCCCAGCGAUUAUCUGCUGUUAUCGUCUACUGCAGCCGGAUGCUUACCGGAACUUAUGACCAUGAUGGAUAGAUCCGAUUUUUUACCAAACCUAGGCACUAUCGCCAAAAUCAUCAUCAGUGGUAUCCCGCAGCACGCCAAAUUCGACGACAUCGAACCGCUGCUGAAGCCGUACGGCAAGGUCGAACACUGCGACGCCGUCACCAGCAAGGACCCCACAACUCAGACCGUCCAUAUCACCUUUGAAAACCACGAUCAGGCACAGAGAGCCGUAACUGGCCUCAACGGGAUCGACUUCGAGGGUUCCAAACUGCUGGUGGAGCUGUUCGAGACGAAAGCAAAUCGCCGGGCGGCUCGAGCGCGGCCACAGUACCCGGGAAUGCCGGGUGGAGGUGGACCCGGUCGGCAGACCGAUUUUCCAUUGAGGGUGCUGGUGGCCUCGGAUAUGGUCGGUGCCAUCAUUGGCCGUCAGGGCAGCACGAUACGACAGAUCACACAGAACAGCCGGGCCCGGGUCGAUGUGCACCGGAAAGACAACGUCGGCUCGCUCGAGAAGGCCAUCACAAUCUACGGCAACCCGGAGAACUGCACCAGUGCAUGCAAACGGAUCCUGGAGGUGAUGCAGCAGGAAGCGAAUAACACAAAUAAGGGUGAAAUCUGUUUGAAAAUUCUCGCUCACAACAACCUGAUCGGGCGGAUCAUAGGGAAGAGCGGGAACACAAUCAAACGAAUAAUGCAGGACACCGACACAAAGAUAACGGUCAGCUCGAUAAACGAUAUCAACAGCUUCAACCUGGAGCGCAUCAUAACCGUCAAGGGCUCGAUCGAAAAUAUGUCGAAGGGUGAGAGUCAGAUCAGCGCCAAGUUGCGCCAGAGCUACGAGAACGACCUGCAGGCGCUGGCACCGCAGAGUAUAAUGUUCCCGGGCCUGCACCCGAUGGCAAUGAUGUCCACCGCCGGCAACGGAAUGGGCUUUACCGGCCGUUCCGGCAUGUAUCCGGGCUCGAACUAUCCCAUGUAUCAGCCGCCGGCCGGAACUGGAGCACCGCCCGGGGUUAGCGACGCCCAGGAAACCACCUAUCUGUAUAUUCCAAAUAAUGCCGUUGGUGCUAUAAUCGGAACCAAAGGAUCACAUAUUCGUAAUAUUAUAAGAUUCUCCGGUGCUUCAGUCAAGAUCGCCCCGCUGGAGGCGGACAAACCGCUCGAGCAGCAAACCGAACGCAAAGUUACCAUUGUCGGCACCCCGGAGGCACAGUGGAAGGCACAGUAUCUGAUCUUCGAAAAGAUGCGGGAGGAGGGCUUCGUGUCCGGAACCGACGAUGUGAGAUUAACGGUUGAGAUUCUGGUUCCUAGUGCACAGGUGAGCUCGGUUGGACGCAUCAUCGGCAAGGGCGGUCAGAACGUGCGGGAACUGCAGCGGGUGACCGGAAGCAUAAUCAAACUGCCAGAACACACAGCCAACACCCCCGUGGACGAGGAAACGACUGUGCAUAUCAUCGGCCCGUUCUUCAGUGUUCAGUCGGCACAGCGGCGUAUUCGCACGAUGAUCCUGGCCACGAAUCCACCGCCGGCCACGAACCGGCAGAAGGCUCAAAAAACCAAGGACCAAUCGUCAACCUCCUGCCCACCUGCAGCUCCUCCAACCCAGCCACCGUCCUCCAGCACGAGUGCGUAAGACGUGCGCGGGCAGGUAAGCGUCAGGUGACCCUAAUGCAACAAACAAAUACCAGAAACCAGAUAACCCGGUCUUCGAUUAUAUGGCCGUUUGGCUGCUGCGAAACAAACAAUCUCAAAUCUACACCACAAACAGCAAAACUCAAAUGGGAAAGUGCAUCGACCGGGAAUAAUCUGCAGCGCGGCCAUCUAACAAUUGCAAAAAACAACUACAGCCACAACAACAAAAUCAACCACACACCCGAUGCAGGCCAAACAUUCGGAACACAGUUUAACCGAACAACAACCACCAAUCCAAGAAUCCAGUAUUUGCCCUUUUGGAGUCAAAUAAUUUACCUCAUUGCGUCCAUUGUCCCCCUAGCUCAGAGGCAACUCCCUCCCAAAUGUUUUGGUACAAAACCCUUUUUGGAACCGCUUUAUUUUUUUUGCUCAAUGUUUUUUUUUCUCUGUGUCUUCAUUAAAGUGCUCUCCGCACAAAGUUUAUUGAUUGCUUAAGUUCAAAAUUCAAAAUUUACACAUUCCGCCGCUGAUUCAAUUGUGAGUACGAUUGUAAGCGAUAUUCGUGAAUAAAACUCCAACCCCAAACCACACUGAUGAUCCCAAAUUUCAAUGAUUUGACAUAAAAUUGGCAGACUGGCAGUUGCCUUGCCGCGGUUGCCAGUUAUUUGACAAAUUUUCCCCUCGAAAAAAAACCCUUAAUAACGCAAUGAUGUAAAUUCUAAUCGUUUAAGGUUGUAAUUUCAAAACAGAAAAAAAAAUUAUCAGCUCCAAGCGAUGUAGCAUGUUGUAGGAGAAAAACCAACAAACACAAAGUUCCUCUCGUUUUGGCUGAUCCAAGGAAAUCGGUAAAAUCCAACCAAUUUGGAUACUGGGAGCAGAAGAAGAAAAAAGCGCACCGAAACGAGCAGCGCUCGCGGAAAGUCGAACAAUGUUGACGAAGAUUCCUAGAAUUUUAUGUUUUAAUUUUUUAUGUAAAAUCGAUAGCAAUAGUGCAGCAGCAGCAUUGCAUUUAUCGAGAGCGCAAUGGAAGAUUUGUUAGAGUAGGAGAGGCGCGUUUAAGGCGUCGAAGAGAGAGCGAGCGAAACCCACCCUGGGCCAAGAGAAAUCGAGCGAAAUACUUAGAAGUUCAAUCAUUCAAGUGUUGCGAGGCUGGCAUAGAUUGACAAUGUUAUUGUGAGUGUUUAUAGAUGGUAGAGUAGUCUUGGUUCGACCAAGGCUAGGUUAAGGACCGGGUAGUGCCAACCGACUACGGGAAUCGGAACCACGGAAUUUCUUGUCGACUUUGUUUGGGAAGGAAGUGAUACGCUGUCAGUUUUCAAAGUGACAGCUUUUCAGAGUGAAAAUCUUAACCUUCAAAAUCAAAAUCUGACAGAUUUUUUGUGCAAAAACCAUGGAAUCUGUUUCAAAGGUUGGAAACCGAAUGUGUGAAGAGCUCAGAAUUGAAGGUCAUGGUUUCCACCAGGUUUCCCAGCGAAUGAGUCGGACUAGAACGGGGAACAAUUAACUGAACUGAAGAUCUAUCACAAUCAACAGCGAAUACCUCAGUAAAAGUGCAUUAUUCAAAGUUCACAUAAACGAAGCCAAGCAAACUUACUAUCCAGCACUUUAUUAACGAGUCAUCGCUCAUGAAUUUCAUAUAAAUGUAGAAGAUAUAGCCAAUAGUUGAGCAUACAACGAAUUGAUUUCCUUUCUGCCAAAGGACAGCGUCAUAUUUAGCAUUGUCCUGCCAACUCUUUUUACAUAUUUGAAACAUGUUUCUAUCUUCUAUCUAUAACGAUGGUGCAUUAAUCGAUUUUUUAUUAACUGUUGUUAAACAUUUACUUGUUGAAGCCAUUUAUCUUUCCCCUUGAUAUCUAUUUUCUCCGCCCAAAAAAUAAGAAACCAACUUCCCCUGAAUUCCCCACAUCCCUUGAAAAUUCAGAGAAAACUGUUGUAUUAUUAGCUUUGUUUAACGUUCUUGUUUAAUCUUUUUCUAGUGUUAACAAAUCAAUAGUUCAAUCAAUUACACAUCUACAUAAACACAUCAACCAAUCAAGAAACCAAUAUCAAAUAAUCAAACCAACAAUUGUUAGCCUGUGUACCUCAAGCAAAUGCAACCGAAAUCAAAAUAGUUUAAUCACUGCAUUUUUUUCUACUUUUUUAAUGAACCUUUGACCAGCACCACACGUCUUUAAACCGUUAGCGUUCAAUAGAAGCAAUAGAAGAAAAACAGAAAACAGAUUCAACACUAACACACAGUUAAUCCGGGUGAAAAAUCAGCGCCAGCAAAGAAUAAACUCCUAACAAUUUCUAGAGGAGCUGCAACCAUUUUGUGACAGCAUAGCAUUGAAAAUCUUCUUCUUUUACGUAGUACACACUCGAAUGCGUUUACUCGUUUAUACUUAGUUUUUAAUCCAUUAAAUAGCUGUCGGAAAAAAUCAUUUAAUCCAUCAUCCACAAGCUUACAAGAAUGGAUUGUUUUGUUGUUUGUGCUCCACGAGAAAAGGCAGGGAAUAAUCUUUAAUUUGUUGCGCUGAAAUUUACACCUUUCCCAAAAUCUCUUCCUCCUUCCCAAAACCUUCCCAUUAAAAAAAACAAACUUCUAUCCAAUCGUAGCAGUAGAACCAGAUUUAGUAGUAAUAAUCUAGCACAUUUGGGCAUUCAAAAAAGAAGUUGGCAUCUUGAUGAAAUUUCAGAUAAGCAAUUUUCAUCAUCGAAAGUUGCAUGCAUAAUUUUCGAAACAACACAAAAAAAAAUUUCACGCUCUCUCAUUCAAUCUAUCUCUCGUACACUUUUUUUUGGCAAGCAGGAGGAAAAUUACUUUUAGGCUUUAAAGAGAGGGUUUCAAAAACGAAUUUUGGUACCAGAACGAAAAGCAAAAACAAUAGGCAUGAGGACUAAAUUGAAACCAUCAAGAUCUAUAUUUGACCGCAAAAUUUAAUGAAGCGACUGCUUUCAGUACAGUCGAAUCAACGACCCGAACCAAACAACUUUUAAAUUGAAAAAACAAAAAUAACUUUCGAUCCAGAACACAACAACAAAUACAUGAUUCAUUGUCGGGGACAAAAGAGUAGAAGACAGGAAAACACAAUCUAAACUAACGAAAGGGAAACGAUACUAAAGAAAAGUGUUUGCAGAACUAGGAAACGGAAACACACCGGAAAAGAAGAAAUCAAACCCCAUAGUUGAACGUUGAAGACGGAUUACAGAUUACAAAAAAACUGAAAACAAAACAACCCGUGCUAUGAGUGUAAGCAAAAGUACGCGAAAUUUAAUAUUAUUAAGGCUUGUAAUUUAACAAAGAAAGGGAACCAGAAAAUAAAAAACAAGCCGAACGGGGAAACAAAAUUGUCGGUAAAGUGCUUUCAGGCAACACAAUCUAAAGAGCAAACUAAAGAGCUGAAAAAUGAUAACUACCAAGUUUAAAAUAGUAACAAAACUGACAGAGGGCAAGACAAGAAAAAAAAACGUAAACAAAAGAUUGCUAAUCAAAGAAAGUGGGAUGAAAUUCGGCAGACGAAACACAAAGAGAAAAGUGACUAAAAUCAAUUGUUAGAUUUUUUAUUAUAUAUAUUAUAUUGAAAAUAUACUAUAUAUAUUUAAAAUGGUAAAGAAAAAAAAACGAAAAAAGAAGGAAAAGAUAUUUAGCUAACAAAUUUAAUAUUUAUUAAAUACUAGAGGCUAUAAUAUCGUUGAAUAUUUGUAUAAAGAGACGAAAAACCCUUCGUGAGGAAGAUAGUGGUCAAAAUUGAAUUUAACUUAAGAAGUAUAUAAUUUUCCUAUUUUUAUUUUUGCGUAACGUUUUUGUUUAGGUUUUGUUGUUUACUUUUGUUUAUGUGUAAAGAUGAGAACGAACAAGUGAGAAGGAAGAAAAAAGCGAAAGAAUCGAAGAAAGCUACUACCUCGAGGUUAAUGUGUUAUUUAGUUGUGCCAAGCAGAAACAAAAAAGAGCUAAGUGUACUCUAUUCAGAAUGGAUUUUUUAAACGAUGGGUUGUGAUAUAUGAGAUGAUGGCUAAGACAGAAUGGAAGCAAACGAUGAAGGUGAGAAGAAAGAAAAGCAAAGGACAGCAUUGAAACAGAACAACAUUGCCGAAUUCGGUCUUUCAAACUGACGAUGUCCAGAACUAUCAGAUCUGCUAGCAGUAAUCUGGAAAGAUCCCUUUGGAUCCCUUUAGUUUUGUUUGUACUAAUGAUUUUUUGGACAUUUCUUCCGAACAACAUAACCCAGUGCAGAGAAGCGAAUUGGCAACCUUGCCUUCUUUACCCCAUAUCAAAAGGUAUAACUCCGAUUUCCCUUGAAGCAUUUCCCAAGUUAAGGCUGAAACGCCCCCAUUGUUCUCCCAAUUAUUAAUAUUUGACAUUCGGUAAAACUUUUAAUACACUAUCAUUACCCAAAACUCGAACUUAUUUGCGGUACAAAAUGGAAAAAAGUACAAAGACAUCUAAGGCGUCAUUAUUUUUACAGCAAUCUGCGUUUUGCGUUUGCCAACAUUUGAGUAGUUGAAAAUCCAUUCAAAACAACAACAACAACAACAUCAACAUCAAUAAUGGCUACCGACAUUAACCGUAGAAGCUUAAACCACUACAUCAAAAACAACAACAACAGUAACAAUGAAACAGAAAAAAAACCCGAAAAGAUCAAGAAUGCAAAGCAGCUAAAUGACAAGAGCUAAGCAAAAGAACGAACACAAAUAAACAACAAAUCAUAGCCACUUUGAAAGCAAAAAUCUAACAUUGAUUAACCGGAAACGAAGGAGUGUUCCCCGCACAAUAAGACUAGAUCUAACAACAUCAACAGCAAAAGUAAUCCCAGAUUGGUAAACAAAACGGACGAAAUUUUAAAAAAACGGAUGAGAACCACAUUCACAUCAACUAUCAGAAAUGACAACUUUUUUGGAACAAUGUAAUCACAUAGCUAAGCCAUACGAUUGGCAACUGGCACCAUUGACGGUCGUUAUUUUGACACUGGUCACAAAACAAAAUGGCGGUCCCGACCAUCGCGUUUGGGAUCGACCGAUUGCAAAACAAAAACCGACACAAACGCAUGUCAAAAUCGAAACACAACAUAAACAAACAUAUAUUCGGCAAACUCGUACGAAAAACAAAAAAAACUGUAGACAAACUUCAAUUUUGUUUUGCACAUGAUUAGAUUUAAAGAAAUAAAACAAACGCAGCGUAAACUGAACCUUAAUACUUUGGCAAACUGUAAUUUUAGGAAGUACCCGCAUUACCCUCUUCUCUUAUACUACACAACAACUCUAAAAAAACAAUAAUAAAAAAUACACAUUCAGCCAUUUGGGUAAACAGUAAAUUCACUCAAGUAGGCAAGGUGAUCACGAAGCGAUAAUAUUAUGGCAAAAAUGAAAACGAAAAUUUAACUAUUUUUGUUGAUAAACAAAACAUGUAUAAUCCAUAAACUUUGACAGAUCCCCCAGAAUCAACCUAUAGAAUAACUGUAAAUUCUAUUCGGACACGAAUCAGAACAAAUUUUCCCCACAUUUAGGAAGUGUGCUAGUAACAAUUGGCUAUUAAAAUAGGAACUAAAAUCAUUGAAAAACAAAAAACCCAGUAGCAUUAAUUUCUAGAUUGCUUACUCUCAAAAUUCAAAUACCAUAAAAAUGCAUUAAAAAUACAAGUGGGAUGAAAUAAAAAAAAAAUAUUGAAAAAAAAAUCAAACAAAAAAAAUUGGUAGCUGUAGGUUUCAUUUUCGGCGUGUUACUCCAUAAUAAGUACAUUUAUCACCAAUAUUGAGCAAAACAUAUAUAAAUGAAAACAAAUACUAGCAAAACAGAGGCAAAACAAAAACACUCUAAAUUGAAACUCUAAAUGAAUAAAACAAAAAACUGUACGGUCACCUUGUCGAACUUUGAACGAUUGCAACCGGUUCGAAAUUUAAAAUGAAUUUACCAACGAUCAGAGGAAGGAAAAACUCAUCCGGUUACAUUCAAAUUAUUUGACAAACAAAAAAAUAAAUGGUCAAAAUAUAUCAAUCGGAAAAGCAGUAUACUCUAUACUAUCAGUUCGAUCAAAUAAAACUCUACGGGAAAUAGAUGAAACAGUCUUACCUCAAAUAUAUAAUAUUGAUUAACAAUGAUUGAAGAAAACGGCGAAGUUAAAUCAACACUAAAAUAGACACAAACACACAUAAAUUAGGAUGUAAUAAAAUGGCAGUUGAAAUAUAAACAAAAAAAAAACGCAUUAGAUACCACAAAACAAAAACAAAAAACAUAAAAUAACUAAAACUAUAGCAUCAAAUCGUGUUUGGAUUGGAAGCAAAACUAUUCGUCUCUAGAUGCACUGUCAUAAGCAACUACAAAAAAAAGAUUAAAUUUGAAAUAAAAAUUGGUAAAAAUCGUAUUCUUCACCACAAAAAUUAUGGCACCUUCACCAACACACCCACAAGACAAAAACAAAAUUUGAUCAACUACUAACCGAAACAAUUGAUUGCUUUAGGCAGGUUUUAGAACCACUGUGGUAGGUAAACAAACACUCAGCCAGGAUUCCAUUUUCUAUUUUGUUUUGUGUUCGAGUUCUAGGGAAGCAGUGAGUAGCAGCAGAGUAAUAUUUAGAAAGUGUGAACAAACAGAAAACAAAAACUAUAUGAAAGAUUUACCAAAUCGAAGAAGCCGCCGCCCCCAUUCGCUGACUAAAAAUGUAAACGUUCAUUCUUUAGUUCGUUCCUAGAAUACACUCAUUGAAGUAGGACAACAACAAAAACUAUCGCUCAUAUUCUGGAAGGAAAAACAUAAACAAUGCAGAUCGGCGAAACAUCAACAAGCAACAAGUUUUAGAUUUGAUUAUUAAUACUACUACUACUACUUCUACUACUACUAAUUAAUAUCUACUUCUACUACCUUUACUACUACUACUUCUACUACUACUACUUAAAAAAAUGAAAAUCGCGAUUGCUACAAGCUAUUUUUCGUUCGUAUAAAUGGGAUAUACAUUUUUAUAGUUUUUUUGUUUAAUUUGAAAUAGAACUGUAAGAAUUUUUGACGCUAAAUAAUUGAAAUAACACUAAAUUUUAAACUACGGAAAAGAAGCUACGAAUGAUCGAAAUUUCUUCUACUACUACUACCAUUCUACUACUACUACUAUUGCUAAAAAAGUAAAUUUUAAGUUUAGGUAAACGAAAAAAAAGGAAAAAAACAAGUUUAUUGCUAAUUGAUACCCUUCACCUUAGCCCGCCGGCGAAAUAAUGGACGAACUAAUUAGAUUCCGCUUCUACAAGAAUAUAUCCAUACGAUUCAAGAUACAAUCUAACUGAACAAAAACCUGACCUUUUGAUGGCUCCAAGCAACUGAGUUAAAAAAAAACAAUCGACGAAACAAGACAAGACCUUGCCAAUAAACAAAAAUCCCAAAGCCUGCUUCGGGAGUGAAGCUGUCAAAAGUCAAAGUAACCGGAAAUAGAAAUACAAACUUCCUAUUUUUUACAAUUCCCACGUGAAUAGAGUUUUUUUUUCUCAGUGGAUCAAACUAUUCAAACAAACAAAACUAUGACCACAAAGUGUCACUUCCGGAGACCAAGGAGACUGAACUACAUCAUAAUUAACAAACUUACAAAAAAAACAAUUCGGAGUGACUUUUGUUGGUUGCGAACUAUUUCAUUUUGUUUUUUCUACCCCAACUUUGUUCCACUUUUCACCGUGUCCCCCCGCGCUCUUACCCAGAACCGUAUAUAUUUUCCUCCUUUAACAUUAUUCGCUUUUCCCGUAUAUGAAUAAUUAGCUAUUUUGUUGUUUAAGAAAGAUUGAAAAAAUAUGAACUAUUGCUGAAACACUGAACGUUCAUUGUGGUUUUCCACCCCUGGGAAAACCUUCCCAAAUCUCGGUUGACAGUUUGCGACAGUUGGACCCAAACAGUAAAAACAGCAAAGUUCUGCUAACAGUAGCAGUGACAGCUGAACGUCAACAGCGCAAUCAUUAUUGAUGUCAUAUUUAUGUUUCGUUUUCCCACCCCUACAACUACAGAAGAAGGCUAUUUGAGAAAACUAAAACAACACUUCUAUCUAAAGUAAAAAUAUCAAAAAAAAGAAAAACUGAAAAAGUUUUGGUAGUAGAAAAAGAAUAAUGAUCGAUAAUAACAGCAACAGCCGAGAAGCGAAAUUGUAACCGAAGAAGAGUGAACAGGUAAACUCAGUUUGAGGAAAAAAAACAAGAAAGGAAAACCAGCCAAUCAGCAAGAUUAAAAUAGUUUACGGAGAAAGUAGAGAAAAGGACGCUGCUCCUGAGAAUUGCGAAGAAUAAAAACCUGUAAUUAAGGCUCAGUAAAUUAUAAUAUAUAUUUUUAUUUUGUCAUUGUUUAAUUAUUAAAGAGAGGAUUACUACAAUAGUUUUUAGUAGGUAUGAGUUAGGAUAUAAUGCAAAUAUUGACAUGCCUGUGUGAUAAUAGUUUAUAUUCCUGUCAUUAUCUGUAUUUAUAUCUCCCUCAGCAAGAAGCAGUACAGUAGAUUUGUAAAAAAAGAUUACGUUAAUUAAUUGCAGAAAAACGGAACAAUAUUAAUGCAUAAAGAUUAUAUUUUAUAACCUUUUUGAUUAUUCUUAUUUCUACUCGAUCCGUGCAGAAACGUCAAAGCAAACUCUAGCUUUAGUUAAGCCUCAUCAUUCAUUUUGAUUAAUCACAGUCGUCUCUAAAUUCACCCUAUAAAUACACCACCAGCAGAUCAAAGUCCAAGUUUAACACAACCGUAAAAAAAAGUUAAUCAAAAUAGCCGUAAUAUUUACACCAAUACUAACGCAGACCAAAUUCACCGUUUACAUAAUAUAAAACUAUUAUUUUUUUAUAUUGUUCGAUCAAACGCUUUUUGUUGCUUUAAGCAAACAGUCAAGCGUUCGAUCUACCAGCAUGCAUAUUUAUUAGGAGAAUUUUCUUCGUUUGUUGUAGUUCUCUAAACGAACCGGCAACACUUCACAUACACUUUACAGCCACUGUAACCAAUAGCAACUUUAUUUACACUUCACAGCUUAUCCACACACCAAUACAAACAAAUAUUCAACAGAAAAAACGGCUAUCCGCCAAACAAGAAUUCAUUUUACACACUAAUACAUAUUUAUCUAGAUAGACGAUAGAAUUCAAAGACACACAUUUACAACAAUAAAUCGGCCAGGCAACACCUUCAGAACCUGUCAUGAGUUUCCAUAGAAAAGUAAGAAAAGUAAAAAAAAAAAUCAACCGAACCGAAGAAGGUAAUAAACAAAGAAAGAUGCACAUUUUUGGUUAUCCGUGUUUUCCAACUUAUCGUUAACCACAUGAAGAACUUGAUCAACAUCAGUCGAAAUAUUAAUGAAAUAAAAAACAUAAAAUAUACACAACUCGAAGUAGCUAAACCAGAUGAAAAAUUAAAAAAAAAAAGAUACAGGCAGAGGGGCGCGAAGAAGCGAACAGCAAGAAAGAAAAACUACCUCAAUAUUUCUAUAAAACUAAUGGACGUGAUGUUAGGGAGCGAUUAAUUUAAUCUAUUAAAUCACAAGAACAACAACAGAGCAAGGAAAAAAUAUAAAAUCAACCGAUGAAUUUUGUUCGAAGAAGAAAUAGAGGCAGAUGGAGAGAAGUUUCCCUAUAUACUAAUAAUUGUAGAAUGUAUUUAUACCUAAGGGCAGUAAAUAGCAAACCAACCAGAAGAAAAGUAAGAAAUCCUGUACAAACUAAACCAUACAUAUGCAGUUUAAAACACCGAAACACUAAAGUGCAGUAGCCGCAGAUGCGUGAGAAAACAAGCGAGAAUAAAGAAGGGGGAAACUCCAGUAGAAGAAACCAAAGGGACAAAUCCGCCUAUUUUUCAUUUUCUUUUUUUCGAUGUUCCAUGAAAUAAGUAAAUAAAGAAAUAAAACGCUACCAAAUCAUUUGCAUACAAGUAAAAUGAGCAUCUAUUUUUCUCGACGGAAAACAAUGGAACUAAAAAACAAUUCGAUCAAGAGUUUCGAUUUUGGAUACUCAACUGAAAGUUUUCAAACACUAAGAUUUAGUUACGUUUGAAUGAAACCAGCCAAAUUAAUCGCUCGGUUUAUUUUGGUUAUUUCAGUUGUGACAACAAAACUAAAAAAAACAUGAAACUUAUUAGUUCCAAUAAUUAAAAACUAAUUGAUUCAACGCCCCAGCUACAGAAUUCAAUAGACAGAAAAAAAAACAGGAAAGGCAAACCAACUGAUUUAUCUGAUUACUAGUAACGAAAAAAAAAAUCUUGAAAGAAAACCCAAAAAAAAAGUAAAAACGGAAAAAUUAAAAAAUCUAUGAUGAACGAACAAGUCCAGGCCCGUUCCAGCAAAAGCAUGCCCGCAUCACUGAGAAAUAUACCCACAAAAAAAAAACUAAAACCAUAUUAAUUUAAUCGUUAUAUAAUUGGAAGAGCAAAAGAUUGCUUCAGCAGAAAUAGAACCGUAAAUUAUGGGACAUUUAUUUAAGAGUAUGACAACAACAACUAAAGAAAAAAAAAACAACAUGUGGUUUAACGGAAUCACAAAACCAUAGCAUAUGCUAUGCGCCCAAUAUGCUCCAACCAGGCAUCGAACAAGAAACAACCUUUUAGUUUGGUGUUAAAUCGAUGGCAGAAAGCGACAGGCGAGAGAAUAGCUGCCCUGCCACCGCCUUCUAGGGAAGAGAAGAAAAAAGUUUUGCUGGAAAAGUCGACAACAAACAUGAUGCUUUUUUUUGAGUUUCCAACAGGCAAACAAAACAAACCAAAUGCUGAAAGGUUGAAUCCCCAGAAAAAUCCCCUAAAACCAACAAAAGCUGCUAAAAAACAAAAUAACAAAAAAAAAACAGUAUCGAAAAAAAAUAUAUGGAAAAAAUAUUGUGGAAAACCU